UCCCUCAUUCCCCCGCCUCCAACAUCCCUGCCACAAUCGAUCUGCACAACACGCAGGCGCGUCUCCUCAAGUCCUAUCCCCACCCCCGCCUCUUUCUCUUCAGUUCUUCCCCCUCCUCUUCCAGCACCUCCGCAGGUUCAAACUCUUCUUGGUGAGAGUGGCGGCGAUCUCCAGGUCACGUGAUGAGCAUCCUGCUGCCCAACAUGGCGGAGUUCGACACCAUCUCGGAACUGGAGGAGGAGGAAGAAGAAGAACCCGCUACGUCGUCGUCGCCGCCGUCGUCUUUGUCGUCUGUUUCUGGGCCUGAUGAUGACGAAGAAGAGGAAGAGGAGGAGGAGGAGGAGGAAGAAGAGGAGGAGGAGGAAGAGGAGGAAGAUGAGGAGGAGGAGGAGGUGCCGCCCCCGCCUCGGGUAGUGAGCGAGGAGCAUCUGCGGAGAUAUGCCCCGGACCCUGUACUGGUGCGCGGCGCAGGCCACAUCACUGUGUUUGGCUUGAGCAACAAGUUUGAUACUGAAUUUCCUUCAGUUCUAACAGGGAAGGUGGCCCCAGAAGAAUUUAAGACCAGCAUUGGCCGUGUGAAUUCAUGUUUGAAAAAGGCUCUCCCAGUCAAUGUGAAGUGGCUGCUCUGUGGAUGUCUCUGCUGCUGUUGCACACUGGGUUGCAGCCUGUGGCCUGUUAUUUGUCUCAACAAAAGAACCAGAAGAUCAAUUCAGAAGUUAUUAGAGUGGGAAAAUAACAGAUUAUAUCACAAGCUUGCUUUGCACUGGAAGUUGACUAAAAGGAAAUGCGAAACUAGCAAUAUGAUGGAGUAUGUUAUACUAAUAGAAUUCUUACCAAAAUAUCCCAUAUUCCGACCUGACUGAGGAGUUUUAUUCAGUCACUUCUGUGUUUCCUGUCAUUUCCUACCCUUAGUGCCUUGUAGAUGAUUAUGGAAUGAAGAUGGUCUCCUUCGCUGUGUUCAAGUUAUUCUUUAUAAUGGUAGAGUAUUCUCCUCACUCUUUUAUUUUUGUUGGUUUAAGAAGAUAAUUUGCACAUUUUUUUGUUGUAAAAUGAGGCUUGUGUUUUGCACUCUCAGUUUUUAAAUAAAUACACAUAUACAUAUGUGUGUACACACACACACACACACACACACACACACACAGUUGCCACUAAAAGUAAAACAUCAGUGCUGGUGUUCAAAAAACAAAAACCUUGUUUUGAGCAUGCUGCCUUAUAAUUUUCAUACUCACUGUUUCUAAAUAUGCAUCAUUUUUUAGGCUACUUAAUGCUCUGUAAUCCCUUACUGGACACACUUAAAUAAGCUUUUGGUAGCUUUUAGAAAUGGUUUUACUCUGCUUUUAAAGGACAUGCAAUUAAUAGCAAUGGUUUGUCCUGCACUUUGCUAAAGUAUCACUUAUGUUAGUGGAUAAAAUAUUUAAACUCCUAAACACUUGUAAAUAUUGUCUCUUUGCAUAAUGUAAAAUAGGUUAUGCCAUGGUUUACAGAAUGUAAUAUUACUCUUAUUGUAUUGCCAACAAUUCGCAUAGAUUUUAAUAUGAAUGUCGUUUGCAAGCAUCCUUUUGAAUGUAGAGACGUUAACAUGCUGUUUUAUGGCAAAGCCAUAAUAAACAUGUUAAAAUUUCAGGUGUAGGGCAGGGUUGCCCAAUGUAACAAGUGGAUUAAAAUUGAAGUCAUUAUCUCAGAUAAUCUUUGUGCAUUGCAUCCAAACCCAAGAACCUUAUUUUUUGCCAUUUAAUUCAGUAUUUCCUUUUUUGAACUCCACCCCCACCCCAAAAGAAUUUAUUUGACAUCUGGCAAUUUCACAGCCUCACUGUCCUUCAUUUCUUUCCCUUUGAAUAUUGCCUUUCCUUUGAAAAUACACACUAUUUUGACUUUUAAGAAGUAUCUUGAGAUUUUACUUGUCUUGGGAGGUAAUCUAGAGUCCCAUGAAACCUACUGCUAACCUUUAUCUGGAGUUCAGAUAGUCUGUUUUGGGAAACAGAGCUACUUAAGUUACACCAAGAUAAUAUGGAGUGGCUGAAUCAUGGUUAAUAAAAUACUUUUAAUCCUCUUUUUGAGGAUUUUUUUAAACAUUUGGAAAUUAUUAAUGAAGAAAGGUGUUUAGACAAAAGUAUUUUAGUUGGUACAUUUACCACCCAAGUAGCCAGCCUUUAGAUUGGUAUGUGAGCUAUUUCUCUUCACAAUUAAAAUGACAAUACCACUCCUCUUCUACUAAUUUUGAAUUUUAGUGUAACAAAAGCUUUGUAUCACUUCAUGUAAAAGACAGAUGUUUGCCUGUGUCUAGGCAGUAUUUGUAAUUCAUAGUGCUAAAGAUAAAUUUAAAGUGUCUGGGAUUGAAUAAUAUUCUAUUUGUCACCUUACAAUCUUGCUGCUUUUAGUAAGCUUUUUUAGGCAAGCAUUCAUCCCAGUGAAGAGAACAAUCAUUUCUUCACAUAAGGUGAAACCUUUUUAGGCUACUUUUAAAAUUCAUUCCUAAUUUGAAGUUCACAGUCCUUGACCAUUAGAAAAAGAAAAAAAGAGACACUAUGUGAUAGGAGAUUAUGAUUGUUUGCACAAAGACUCUGUGGAGCUCCAUUGUCCCCAUGCCACCCAACCACCCACCCCGGUUCUCUUUUAAUAUAUUAUGUAUGCCUGCAAAUGUCAUGUGUCUGCCUGCUGCAAAAUUGAAGGUGUAUUUUUAUAGAAAUGGUGGAAACCUCUGAAAAUACAUACCCACUGUCUUGUUUUCUAGUUAAGAUCAGGGAAAAAUUGUAUUUGUGGUUUACGUUCCAGCUAAUGUCAUUAAAAUUAUGCUUCAGACUGUGACAUUUUAAUACCAAAACUGAUUGCCAGCAUAAUAUAGAAUUUCUAAUUAUCACUGAUAGAAUAAUUGUUUUUAAAUGUCAACCCUUAUAAUCUCAUUUUUCCUGUAACCUUAGAAUUUGAACAUAUGGUUAUCAUAGUAACUUUUUCUGCCAUGUAUAAAUCAUACUUGGUUUUGUUUAAAGAACGGGAAGUGGUGAAUUGUUUCCAUGAAACAGAUAUUAAGAAUAGUGUGUCUGGAGGUAACAGAACAUAGAAUUCAAGACACAAUUGUAUUUGUCAUAAAAACAAUUUGACAGAAUGUGUAAUUUUAAUUUUAACGAAUCACUUUUUUUUUAGUUUUCAUUAUUCUGGUUAAUUAAUCUUAAUUUCUUAAACUACCCAGAAAACACCCAAUUUUCUUUUUUUUGUUUUUCCUAUCACUUUCUCCUGUGAUGGCUUUUUCAAACUGUUUUCCCUUUUAGGAGGCUGAUUAGCAAUUGGGUAUUUUGGAGUGUUGGGGGGGAGUUGUUUUCUUUUUUAAUGAGAUUGACAUCAGUGAAUACUGAAAUGACAAGAGAAUUAAUAUUCCUCCCCCACUGAGGCUUUUAUUUUUAUCCUCAGGAUAGAGCAUACUUGUAUUUUUCCAUUGGGUUAUGUUUUGUGAAAGUUGUUUUUCAAUUGAAAAAAGUAAUUUUGAAUUUGUUGUAUAAUAUUCCUUUAUGAAAUCUUCCAUGGUGGUUUUCAGAGAAAAAUGACAUGUAUUUGCCAAAGUAUAUAAAUCUCAGUAGGUGUUAAAGUUACAAGUUAAAAUAGUUCUUUGAAAUUCAUUUUCCAAUGCUUCUUGUUUGGUCAAAGAUUCUGUCCUAACAAAUUGAUUGAAUUGAUAAUUUUAAAGCUCAUCCAAAAGGCCAAGAGCAUAUGUAGUAUUGAUAAAAAUAUAGACAAGUAUUAUUUACAGAUUUAUUAACCCCAUUACAGACAUGUCCUCUUCGCUUUGUUCCCUUCUUGUCCCCAUGUUAAUUUAGGAGCGAGUAGUCAAAUUUUAAAAGUGGAAAAGUGCCUUGUCUUUUUCUGAACAAAGAUAAUGUGGAAGGAAGCAGAGUGAAUGAAUUAGUAGAUCAUUAGAUUAGAAAUUGUUCUUUCGACUAGGUAUGACAUAUUGAGUAUCUCUUAUUUAUUAUACAUUCUGUUUCCUUGUUUUCCUCCAAUCAUGUGAUAUAUUAAUGACAAAAUAUUACAGAAGAGGACUAUCAGUCACUUAAAAAAUUGUAUAAUUUUAAUGCUAGUAAACAUGUAAUUUAACAUGGUUUUGGAAGGACAGUGGUUAUUGACUGAAAUCCUACCAAAGCCCACUUAAGUAUUUAAUGUCCAUACUCUUAUGACUUGUAAACACUAAUGUCUGAGAAAUUAAAUCAUGUUGAUUUUUAUUCACUCUGCCAUUUUAAUGAAAUUUAUUUGUGGUUUUUGAUAAUUUAAGUAAAGUUCAGUAACAUUUGUAAGCCUUUGAACGAAUAGGGUUUUUCAAAUGUAUGAGAGCUUUAAAAAAUCACUAGCAUUAUAAUUUUGUUUACAGAUAAGCCACCUCUUUAAAAAAAUUAAACCUUACUACUUGAACAUAAAACCCCAAACAAUAUUUCAUUAGAAUUUACUAUAUUGGUCUAGCAAGAUAUAUAAAUUUUAUUCAUUUGACUAAUGGGAGAAGUUUCACAUAGUGGAAAUAACUUUUGCUAAUUUGAUUAUAAGUGCUCAAAUUCUUUAAAAUUGGGUCCUCCUAUUCCUUUUAAAGCAAAAUCUGCUUUUAAAAGCAAAGUCUGCUUUUAAAGCAAAAUCUAUUCUGCAAAACAAUUUUCAAGUUAUUCAAGUUCCUUAAGUGGUAAACUAUUAGAAUUUUCAGUAAAAUGAAUAGUUUACUAAUACCUGUUCAUGUAUUAUGUGGGCUAAAAAGGGAUACAUCUAUAAAGAUAAAUCUAUAUCUAUUUAUAAAAUUAUAAAUAUAUAAAUAUAUAAAUAUAUUUAUAAAUAGAUAUAGGUAUAUAUUUAUAGAUAUAUCCCUUACUUUCCCUAAUUUCCCUUACCUGAUUCUGAGCCAGCCUUUUUAUUUUGAUGAUGGCAACCUGAGAAUACGUUCCAUUUUCUGUGGACUUUGUCAAACUCAUACUAUAUGAAGUAAUGAUCUAAUAUUGUGGACUCUAGGCAGUUAACUUAAAUAGCAUGUCAGUGUUUUUGUUUGUAAAAUUAUGGGGUUGAACCUAGAACAGGACAGAAAAUUAGAGAUUAUCUAACAUUCUGAGAUUCUAGAAAUCCACAGGAAAGUUUUAUUGUACAGAAUCUCAGAAUGAUUAUUUUCAGACCUACUACCCUUUGUGGAAACUCUCACAGUGCCUUGCACACAGUAAAAGUUCAGUUUGCUUGCUGGCUGGCUAGUUGAUGUGUGUUAAUAUCAUAUAGGCUCAAAGAACCUGAUGCCUGCUAGACCUUAGUCCACCUUGAUGAUAACAGUGAAUGUAGAUUCCCUAGGAACUGAGGUCUGAGGUCUCUGAGCUUUGCCUAUGUGGAAUCUCACAAUUGAGUUGGUAUCCAGGCAAGAAUUAUAGCGGUGACAACAAUGGAGAUAUGGAAGGAUCCACUCUGAAGUUUUAAUGUGAAGAGUUUCACAUCCUAUCCAACAUUUGCUUCAGUGUCUUAUCAAGUUCCACACUUUCAAAAAGAUCUUUUGGAACAAAUUGAUAAAAUUUGGUAGAGAGGGAAAUGGUGUGGAAUUCAAACCCAAGUCACUUCUAGUUUAAUUCUUAGCUCUGCUGCUUAAUUCCUCUGUACCUCAUGUCCUCAUUGCUGAAGUGGGGACAAUAAUCUGGACCUACCUCACAGGGGAAUUGAGGAUUUUUUCACAUAUUUGUGUGAUUUGAAGAUGAUAGAAAUAUAUACUGGAUAUCAUAAUUGUGUAAUUUCUAAAGAGAUUCCUUGAAAUCCAUGUCGUAAUGUUUUUCUUUCACAGAACGAGUGUUGCAGUUUAUCUAUAUAUCAGUAGUAAAUUUUGUUAUUGAUUCCUUGUUUGUUAAACAUGAAUUAUUAUAUUAUGUUAAUACUUGAUUUAGGGAGGAAAAGUAGGGGAUGUAAACCAGUGGUUCCCAACUUGGGGUAGAUGAAAUUAGCAGUGGGGUUAUCCUUAAUCCUUUUGCAUUAUUUCAAAAAAGAUACUAGAAACCAUACUUUGACCCACAAUAUUCCUGCUACACAGCCAACUAAUACAUGGAAUUUCCAUGCAUUUUGCUUAUAUUCUUUCAAUUCUUCUGUUAACACUGAUUAGAAGCUGUGAAUGAUUAUGUGCUUUUGAUUAAUACAAAAAAAUGACAAAAAAAUUAUUAUUAUAUACUUGAAAACAUAAAGAAGGAAUCAUGAAGAGAUGUAUAUGGCAAAAAUGUUGGGAGCCACUUUUAUAAAGGAACUAAGGUUAUUUGACCCUUUCCACAGAUUGCUUACCUGGUCCCUAAAUAAUUAAAUGCUGGGGGGUGGGGAGGCUAGAGAGAGAGUGAGAGAGAGAGAGAAAGAGUGUGUGUGUGUGUGUGUCUGUGUGAUGGCUAGAUUGGGCUGUAUAACUUCAGGUUGGAAUUUGCUUUCAGCUUUUUUUCUGUUCAGGAUGAUGUAAUUGAGCUAAUUCAUUGAGGUGUGUACAUGUAACUCAUAUACACACAUUGGAUUGCAAAUGUGGAAAGUGUUAUACUGUCACAUUCUAGCAUUGGACUAAAUAUCAAUUUCUGAGUCUUAACGUAGUUCUGUAUAAAUUUGGUGUGAUGAAUCAAGGCAAUAAUUUCUCAAAUGUUGCUUUUAUUCCUGCUUAUUUCAUUUAAGCUUUUAUCUUGGCUUAUUUUCUUAACUUUCUGUUUGUUCUAGUAAGCAAAUAGUGUAAAAUUGUUUUAAUGCUUGGACUUUGGAAAAAGUUAUAAAUGUUUGAAAUUAUAUAAUCUACAAGCUAGUUUGCCAUUCUUGGACUAACAAUGUACAAAAUGAGUCUUGGUGGUGAGAACAGGACAUCCAAAUAGCUAGAAAGUGGAUAUUGAUCAAAACAUCUGCUUGAAAAGGCUACAAUUUCUACUUUUGACAGUGGAUUCCUGUUGGGACAGCAUUACCAGAAGAGAAUAAUAGUGGAUAUGUCUAUCCAAACAAAGAACUUUCAUGCAUCUUGUAGUGUUCCAUAGCCUGUGGAAUGAAUUCAUUUUUCUCCCUUGAGUCCAGGAAUGAUCCCCCUGGAAGAACUCAACCUAUAUACAGCUGUGCCAAAAUGAAGGAUACCUGCCUCUCUGAAACUUUCACUGCUGCUUCUGUCGUUGUUCACUUGUCAGAUAAAGUUUUAUUCUCAGGAUGCAAAAUUAAAAUAAAGUGCAAAUCUAUGUUAGUGAA